UAGAGGAUAGAAGUCUUGUUGAGGAAGUCUCUGUUGCUCGUCUGUGGCAAUCACAGCUUGUGGUGGACAAAUUCCGCUUUUCUUUUCUUUUUUUCAAAACUUCCAACUCCCUUCGCUGACAUUGCCUGUGACCCAACUUAAAUUAACCCAUCUCAAGGAACUGGCCAGGGUGGAGGACACAGAACUUGCUGUGGAAGUUUCUCUUACUUUUCUGUGGCAAUCACAGCUGGUGGUUGACAAACUCCGCUUUUUUGAACCGCUAACUCCCUUUCGCUGACAUUUCUUGUGAGUGAUCCCACCUUCAAUAAAUCCAUCUCGUCUCAUCUCCAACAUGAAGGGGGCAAGGCGACAAGAGAAGAGGCCAGACGAGACCAUGACGAAGACCACGGCGACGGCGGGAAAAACCAAACGGAGUGACAAAGACAAGGUGGUGACCGCGGUGACGGUGUCGCCCACGGAGACGUCACCCCUGGUGGGCAUCACCCUUGUGGCCCCCACCGAGGAGUUGCCGGGCAACACGUACUCCGCCAUCCUGAGCCGCAACGAGGCCGUGAAGGACGAGAGACGACUCAAGAACUUCCUGCAGCUCCGGGACAAGUACGUCCUCAAGAAGGUGAUCUUCGAGGACCCCCUCUUCCCCGCCGACAACUCCUCACUUUUCUACAGCACUGCUCCUCCCUUUGACAUCGUCUGGAAACGGCCAUCGGAGAUCUGCAAAAAUCCUCAGUUUAUGAUCGGAGGAGCCAACAGGACUGAUAUCUGCCAGGGCGACCUUGGUGACUGUUGGCUGCUUGCGGCCAUUGCUUGUCUGACCCUCAAUGAGAAACUGCUCUACAGGGUCAUCCCCAAAGACCAGAGCUUCACUGAGAACUAUGCUGGCAUCUUCCACUUUCAGUUCUGGCGCUAUGGCGAGUGGGUUGACGUGGUGGUGGACGACCGCAUCCCCACCUGUAAUAACCAGCUGGUCUUCACGCGCUCCGGGAAGGAGAACGAGUUCUGGAGCGCCCUGCUGGAGAAGGCCUACGCCAAGCUGCACGGCUCCUAUGAGGCCCUGAAGGGUGGCAAUGCACUGGAGGCGAUGGAGGACUUCACGGGGGGCGUGACGGAGUUCUUUGAGAUCGCGGAGGCCCCCAAGGAGCUGUUCCACAUCAUGAGGAAGGCCCUGGACAGGGGAUCGCUUAUGGGAUGCUCUAUAGAUGUGAUCGUCUCAGUAGAACAACAAACCACUAAGAGCUCCUCAGGUCUGGUGACAGGACACGCCUACUCCGUUACCGCCGUGGAGGAGGGUGCGCGUGAGGAUCUGAAGGAUCUGCGUAUCCGGCUGGUGCGUCUGCGUGACCCGUGGGGCGUCUCCGCCUCGGCCAGCUGCACCUCCGACGAGUGGACCGCCCUCGCUCGCACCGAGCAGGACAGGAAGAGGCUCGAACCCAUCGCCGAGGGAGAGUUCUGGAUGACUUUCCAGACGUUCCAGCAUCACUUCACCAAGCUGGAGAUCUGCAAUUUAACCCCCGACACGCUGAAAGGCGACGGCUUCAGCAACUGGACCGUCACAGUACACGAGGGACGCUGGGUAAAGGGAUGCUCUGCAGGAGGAUGCAGGAACUACCCAGAUACGUUCUGGACCAACCCCCAGUACCGCAUCUGCCUGCUGGAGGAGGACGAUAAGGCCGAGGGGGAGGAGGGGGAGAGGGGCUGCACGCUCGUCAUUGCCCUGAUGCAGAGGGGCCGGAGGAAGGAGCGCCACCUAGGGGCAGUCCUCCACACCAUCGGCUUCUUCGUAUACGAGGUUCCAAAAGAGUUGCAGGGCAGCAGCAAGCCGCUCUCCAAGGACUUCUUCCUGUAUAACGGCUCUGUGGGGCGGAGCCACUCCUACGUGAACCUGCGCGAGGUGACGGAGCGCGUGCGCCUCAUGCCGGGCGAGUACGUCAUCGUGCCCUCGACCUUUGACCCCCACAAGGAGAGCGAGUUCAUCCUCAGGAUCUUCACGGAGAAGAAGAGCACUUCAGAGGUGAUUGAGGGAACCAUUGAGGCAGAUGAUCCAGAGGUAACUCACCUGACAUGCAUGACCCAUGUGUUGGAGGAGGAGGAGACUGAAGAGGAGAAACAGUUCAGACGGAUCUACCAGCAGAUCGCUGGAGAGGACUUGCAGAUUUGUGCCAAUGAGUUGAAGAGCGUGUUGAACAAGGUGGUGGCCAAACAUAUCGAGCUGAAGGGAUCUGAGUUCAGCCUGGAGAGCUGCAGGAGCAUGAUCGCCCUGAUGGACACUGACGGCAGCGGCAAACUGAACCUGCAGGAGUUUAAACACCUCUGGAAGAAGAUCAAGGACUGGCAGGUGAUCUUCAAGCGCAGUGAUCUGGACGGCUCAGGAACCAUCAAGAGCUUUGACAUGAGGACUGCGGUGGAGGAAGCAGGUUUCCAUCUGAAUAACCAGCUGUACAACAUCAUCGCCAUGCGCUACGCUGACGAGAAAAUGGAGCUGGACUUCGACAGCUACAUCUGCUGUCUCGUGCGCCUGGAGGGCAUGUUCCGUGCGUUUAAGGCCUUUGACAAAGACGGUGAAGGCUUCAUUAAGCUCAGCGUUCUUGAGUGGCUUCAACUGACCAUGUACGCAUAAGGCCAUCACAAGUCUACACAGGCCUCAACUGAUGACGUAUGCAUAAGGCCAUCA